GCAUGUGCAGUGCUACGAGCUCGCCAUUCCCCCCACCUCCAGCCGCGAGUGGGUGACAGAACCCCAGUCUCCGCGCAUCUCCACCGCCCCGCGCCGUGACCUGGUGUGGCACUGAGCCACGAGUGGAGGCUGUGCCCCUCCAGUUCUGCCUUCAUAGUUCUUUACCCCAAAACUGCAGAAAAUGAACAAAUUCCAGGGAUCAGUUUCAUUCACGGAUGUGACUGUGGACUUUACCCAGGAGGAAUGGGAGCAACUGGACCCCUCUCAGAGGAUCCUGUACAUGGAUGUGAUGCUGGAGAAUUACAGCAACUUACUUUCAGUGGAAGUGUGGAAGGCUGAUGACCAGAUGGAGAGGGACCACAGAAACCCAGAGGAGCAUGCGAGGCAAUUUGUAAUCCUUAAGAACCAAACUCCAAUUGAGGAAAGAGGUAGUAUCUUUGAAAAAACACUUAAUCUGAAUACAGACUUUGUUUCUUUAAGACAAGUACCCUAUAAAUAUGACUUAUAUGAAAAAACUUUGAAAUAUAAUUCAGACUUACAUAAUAGUAAUAGAACCUAUGCAAGAAAGAAAGCUGAUGACUGCAAUGGAUUUGGAAAAGCAUUCCUCUAUCUCAAGCAAGAGAAAACCCAUCCUGAAGUAGAAUACUCUGAAUAUAAUAAAAGUGGAACAGGCUUCGGCCAUAAAGAAGCCAUUUUUAAACAUCAGAAAAUUAAAAAUUUGGUUCAACCUUUUAUUUGUAAUUACUGUGACAAGGCCUUCUCCUUUAAGUCACUCCUUAUUAGUCAUAAGAGAAUACAUACUGGAGAAAAACCAUAUGAAUGUAACGUAUGUAAGAAAACCUUCUCCCAUAAGGCAAACCUCAUCAAACAUCAGAGAAUUCAUACUGGGGAGAAACCCUUUGAAUGUCCUGAAUGUGGAAAAGCUUUCACUCACCAGUCAAACCUCAUUGUACACCAGAGAGCACAUAUGGAGAAGAAGCCCUACGAAUGCAGUGAAUGUGGAAAGACAUUUGCCCAGAAGUUUGAACUCACUACACACCAGAGAAUUCAUACAGGAGAGCGACCCUAUGAGUGUAAUGAGUGUGCAAAAACCUUCUUCAAGAAAUCAAACCUCAUUAUACAUCAGAAAAUUCAUACAGGGGAGAAACGCUAUGAGUGCAGCGAAUGUGGAAAAUCCUUUAUCCAGAACUCACAACUUAUCAUACAUAUGAGAACUCAUACAGGAGAGAAACCCUACGAAUGUACUGAAUGUGGCAAAACUUUCAGCCAGAGGUCAACUCUUAGGUUACAUUUGCGAAUCCAUACGGGUGAGAAACCAUAUGAGUGUUCUGAAUGUGGGAAGGCGUUCAGCAGGAAGUCCCGACUCAGUGUCCACCAGAGAGUUCAUUUAGGGGAGAAACCCUGAGACUGUACCUAGGUUGUACUGUGGAAAACCCUCCCACCAGAACCCUUCCAACCAGGGAGAAACCUUAUGAAGGUAUUGAAGGAACACAGGAAUUCAUACUGAGAUACAAUCUCAACUCAAAUGUAUAAAAAAUAGGAUCCCAUAAGAACAUUAUACGGGAAGUUACAUUUGAUACCUAGCUAAAGAAUACAUGUGAGAAUGUAUCCAAUUGUAAAUAGACAUACUCAGCUGUAUUACAAUGAGCUUUUUAAAAUCUUGAAUGAAUUGAAUAUUCUAAGCAGCAGCAUAAAGGAUAUACAGUUUCCUAAGAAUUUAGUGGUUAUGUGCAAGCAUGCCACAGAACCCAAGUUGUAUGUUUUAGAUCUGUACAUGUGAAUUUAGCAUAAUCACUGGGAGUUUGAAAUUCUUGUCCUCUGUGAUAAAUUAGGACAUAUCAAACAAUUUUCCAUACUAAACAUCACAUGUGUUUUUUCAGUACCUCUACAAUCCAGUAUGCAUUCCAAAUGAAAUACAAAACAGAUUUUUAAAGUAGCAUGUAACCUGUCUUUUCCUACUGCUUGCUGGCAUAUAUAUGUUGGUAUGACCAUUGUUACUGAGCUCCCUCUUCACUAAACAGAAGUCAGUGUUGAAGUUUUACUUGCUUCUGGUUUGCGGAAGAUUUUCUAGAAGCAUUAUUUACGUAAAUAUCCAAGUGUGAGAUAAUUAAGAGGUGAUGGAGAGAGUGAGAGAAAGCAGAUGUGGGCUGUACUACUCGGUAUGCCCACAGAAUAAGGAUUUACCA